GUGGAGUUUCUGAGGGGGAGCGUGGCCGUUAGCGGCCUCGCCUGGCCUCUGCUCGGUGGGCCAUGGCAGCGCGCUCGCCGCCCUCACCUCUCCCUUCGCCCCCCGCGCGGCAGUUGGGCCCCCGGUCCCCACGCGUCGCGGAGCGCAGCGAGGUCUCGAGUCCCGCCGGCGCGGCCCCCGCACGCCCUGCAGCCCCGCCGCCUUGCUGCCCGGAGGGCGGAGCCGCGGGCGUCGGGCGGGGCGCGCGGUCGCGAAAUCCGAGUUUGCACACGCACGCACGCACGCUGGGCGCUGUUGCGGCGCUGAGCACGGACCCCGCCCUCAGGCUGGGGACGUGGGCGGACAGCGUCCCGCCCCGCACGUGCCGCUGCAGGGCGCAAGGCGAGCCGUCCUCCUUGAACGAGGGAAUUCUCGUUUUGGAUGAUUGUGCUGAUAAAGAAUUUGUGUGGUCUUUGUGGAAACGUCUCCAAGUAACAAGCCCAGAUCUUACACAUGCUGUCAGUUUGGUUGUGGAAAGAGAAAAACAGAAAUCUGAAGCUAAAGACAGAAAAGUUCUAGAAAUUUUACAAGUGAAAGAUGCAAAAAUACAAGAAUUGCAACAGAGAGAAUCAUUACUAAAACAGGAAAUAAAUAACCUUGUAAAACGGAAGGUUGAAAUAGAAGAAGAAAAUGCGUUUUUGAGGAAAGAAUUCAAUAACUUGCAAAAAGAAUUUAAAGAUAAAAGUCAAGAAGUUAAGGACACCAAGGAGUGUAUACAGAAUAAAGAAGAGCAAAACAGAGUGGUUAUAAAAAAGCUGGAGGAGGAAAAUGAAAAAUUAAGUAUCCACUGCGGUGACCUGCUAAAUGACCUGGAGAAACUAAGGGAGGAGGAAACACGUUGGAGAAAAGAAAAAUAUAGCGUUGAUGCAAAAAUAAAGGCCUUUGAAGAUAAUUUAAUUGAAGCAAGGAGAGAAAUUGAAGUACUACAGAGUAAAUAUGAUGCUCUGUCUUUACAGUUGAACAAUAAACAGACUGAACUUCUCCAAAAGGAUGUGGAUAUUUCCUUGGUCAGGAAAGAACUGCAGGAGCUGCAGAAUCUUUACAAACAGAGCAGCGCGCACACAGCACAGCAAGCAGAGCUGAUCCAGCAGCUUCAGGCUCUCAAUGCAGAUGCACAGAAUGUACUAAAAAACCAGGAGGAGGUUCACACAGCUGAGAGUCAAUCGUAUCAAAAACUUUACAAUGAGUUACAUACAUGCUUUGAAACCACGAAGUCAAGUGAAGCUGUGCUGCGGCAGAGUGUUGCUAAUCUUCAAGAUCAGCUAGUUGAAAAAGAACAAGAAAAUGCAAAAUUAAAAGAAAAGCUUCAGAAUGUGGAAGGAGUCCUGCAUCCUUUACCUCAAGAAGAUGAUUCUGAUCACUCAGCCCAGGUGUCUCACCCAUCAUUAUCAAGCUUGGAAGCAUUGAUGGUUUCACAGAAGUCUGAAAUUGAAUAUUUACAGAAGAAACUGAAAGUGGCAAAUGAACAGCUGUUGGAGCACAGAUCUAUGAACGAGAGUUUCUCCGAGAAGAGCAUCAUGAGAAGUACUGAGGGAAAAUAUAAGGAACCACCUGUGAAACGUUCAAGGUCUUUGUCCCCAAAGAGCUCUUUCAAAGACUCAGAGGAACUAAGAAAGCUGAGAAGAGCUGAAAGAAAGAUCAAAAACCUAGAGAAGGCAUUACAACUACAGAGCCAAGAAAAUGAUGAGCUAAGACAUGCCCAUGAAAAGCGCAGAGAGAGGCUACAGAUGUUACAGACCAACUACAGAGCAGUAAAAGAGCAAUUAAAGCAGUGGGAAGAAGGCAGUGGCAUGAUAGAUACAAGAAAAAUACAGAGAGCAGAACCCCACCAACUUCAACAAGAAGAUUCUGAUGCUGUAUGGAAUGAACUGGCUUAUUUCAAAAAGGAGAACCAGGAACUAAUGAUUCAAAAGAUGAAUCUUCAAGAAGAAUUGGAUGAACUUAAAGUACAUUUAUGUAUUGAUAAAGCGACAAUACAAGAAUUGAAUAGAUGCAUAGCAGAGAAAAGUGAAGAACAACUCUUUAGAUACUGUGAAGAUGAUGGGGUCAAGAUGAGUACUUCAGAGAAGAAUGGGAAAGAAAUGUCAGAGCAGACCUUACAGAAGGUCAUUGAGUUGGAAAAUCGACUAAAAUCUUUUGAGAAAACAUCAAAAAAAUUAAAAGAAGGAAACAAACAAUUAGUGAAAGAAAAUGAUUUCCUGAAAGCUAGUUUAGAACAGCAUAAAGAAGCUGCAGAGAACAGAAAAAAAGAACUUGAACAGCUACUACAGGAGAGUAAAGAUGUAGACAAAGACAAAACUAAACUUGAAGUAAAAAUCAGUGAACUGGAGAGAGAAGUCACUUCACUAAGGAGACAAGUGGUAGAAGCCAAUGCACCGAGAAAUGAAAAGGAAGAGCUAAUGAAUCCAGUGGAGAAAUUACAGCCUUCUGAAGGCAAAGCCAAGUCUGAGAUGGCCACCACAGACCUGCGAGCUGGAAAAUAUGAUUGUAAGACAACCACGACCAAGGUUAAACUUAAAGCCGCCAAGAGAAAGUGCUGUUCGGGCCCUCACCACACUGUGCUCAAUCACUCCAUCAAGGUUAUGAGCAAUGUGUUUGAGAACCUCAGCAAGGACGGCUGGGAGGAUGUGAGUGAAAGCAGCAGUGAUUCUGAAACACAGACCUCUCAAAAAUUGGGAACGAUUAUUGUGGAAACAUCCCAAAAAAUAAGCCCCGCAGAAGAUAAAAGAGACCAGAAACAAAGUGAUAAAACAGAAAAUAACCAAAGACAAGGGAAAAAAAUAGUACAAAUGUAUUCAAAUGUGGAUGACACGACCACAAAGGAUUACAAAAGUGUUAAGAAAAUGGCUUUUCAAAAGAAGAAUGAUGAUAUACUUAAGAGAACACAUACAGUAGUUCCAGCCAGAGUUAACAGAGAAAAGUACAAAAAGAUAACUCCCAAGAAAUCAAGUAGCAAUAUUAUUUUAUUACAAGAGCGGAUUAUAUCCUUGCAGCAGCAAAACAGUAUACUCCAAAAUGCAAAAAAGUCAGCAGAAUUGUCUGCUAAGGAAUAUAAAGAAGUCAAUGAAAAACUUAUCCAUCAACAGCAAGUAUCUGAUCAACGAUUACAGACAAGCAGACACACAAUAAAGAAACUAAAUCUGGAUUUGGCUGGGCUUCAGAAAGAAAAUGAAGAUCUACUAAAAAAAUUGGAGUCUUCAUCUGAAAUCACAAGUUUGGCAGGAGAAAUUGCCAGGGUAGCAGCUCCACAUGUAUCAGUUACAUCACUGGGCUCCUCAAGGAACGUGGAUUUAGAGAUGAAGCAAUUACAGUGUAAACUAAAGAAUGCAACUAAUGAACUCACUAAACAGACAUCAAAUGUGAAGUCCCUGAAACUUGAACUCCUAGCAAAAGAAGAACACAUAAAGGAAAUACAUGAAAAGAUUUCUCGAAUGGAGAGGGAUAUAACCAUGAAAAGACAUUUGAUAGAGGACUUGAAAUUUCGUCAGAAAUUAAAUUCAGAAAGUAAUGAGAAUUUUAGUCAGAUGUUAGAAAGUCUUGAAAAAAAGGUGAAGACAUUAACUGAAGAAGGUUCUAAUAAAAAAGUUUUAAUUGAUUCACUAAGGCAAAGACUUAGUGUAGCUGUAAAAGAAAAGUCACAGUAUGAACAGAUGUAUCAGAAAACCAAAGAGGAGUUAGAAAAAAAGGAUUUCAAGCUUACUCUUCUAGUCUCAAAAGUCAACGAGACUGAAUCUGUAAUCACAGAAAUAGAAGCAGCCGCAUCGAAGCAGCUUCAAGGGUUAGCGCGGCAAAGCGAGCAGGUUCUAGAAGACGCACAGAAGAAACUGCUCUUAUCUAAUGAGAAGGUGGAAGAGCUCACAGUAUUUGUGAAGGCUUUGGUCCGAGAGUUACAAAACGAUGUCCAUGUGAUAAGGCAAAAAAUCAGAGAGCUUAAAAAAAUGCAGAAAAACAGAGAAGCUUGUAAAACCUCAACCCAUAAAGCCCAGAGCUUGGCAGCUUCUAUCCUGAACAUUUCACGAUCAGAUCUAGAGGAAAUAUUGGAUACGGAAGAUGAAGUGGAAAUGAAAAAGACCAAGAUAGAUGCUGAAAAUGACAAGGAAUGGCUGCUAUACAUUCGGAGACUUCUUGAAGGACAGCUUCCUUUUGCUUCACUUUUACUAGAAGCAAUACUGGAGAAAAUGAAUGAAAGCAAGAAACUACUUGAGGGAUAUUUCACAAUUAUGAAAGAUAUUAGAUGAUGUUACAGUGGAGAGAUGGAGAGCUUUUUUCAGAUGUGAAAAUGUUUUAUGUGUUAUGAUUGGAAAACAUACAGUGCAAUCUUGGCACAGACUUUGCUUCCACUAUCAAUAGUCAGGUUCAAUACCAAAAUAAGAAGUCGCUGAAACUAAUUAAUUGCUGAACAAGUGAAAGUAAUUAAGUGCAUAGCCACUUAAAAAGAAAUAGUGUAGCAUUUGAUUGUUGAAUACAGAUAUUGCUGCAAAUCAAUGCAAACUUAAAAAUGAUUUUUUUUCAAUGCUUUGGAAGAAGCUAGAACAAGUUUAGCAUACAGAAAUCAAUCAAUAUAAAAAGAAAAAAGUGUAAACUAAGGACAUACUGUUUUAAAUUUUAUUUUUAAAACUAGACUUUUUACAUAAAACUGCUCUAAAUGGUUUUAAGAGGAAUCCAGUGAACAAUACAUCUGUAUUGUAAACAAGUGUAGAAUAAAGCAUCGAACUUAGGGAUGACUGCCUCAGGAAACAAACUGUGGUCUCAUUGCAUCUCUUCUCAUUGAUAAGCCUGGAUGAUGCAGGAAAGGCUUUUCAUUGAAUGACUUGUCAAAUAUGAAAAUAUUCCCCUAUUUACAAUGUUUUGUAUAUUGGUAAAAAUUAACAACGGGCUACAGUACAAAUUCAGCACAAUUAGGCUUUAUAAUUCAUAUUGUGGUUAGAUAAAUAAAGUUGCUUUCUUAAAAAUGUUGUCAUUUUCAUUUUAAUUCCUGAACGCCCCCACAUCAUUUCACCUCCGUACUGUGUUCCCACCACAUACUGACUCACCAGACUAGUACCUACAGUUGUUUUCGCUUUUCUCUCAGCAGUACUCUACAGUCAGUGUCCUCCCAGAUGGCGCAUCAUUCAGGCUCAUCCUUAGCCGUGCCUUCACAGACAGAUUCUCUCACCAUCGUACUGUGUCCUUUGUCAAGACAGGAAAUUAGCUGACCUGUCUGCUCAGUUUGUCUUAUUUUUCUCAUCGCUUAAGAACGUAGAUUCCAUGAGAUUAAGACAGGGGUUGGCAAUUUAUAGCCCAUAGCCAAAUCUGGCCUGCUGCCUGUUUUUAAAGGCUCUGCAAGCUAAGGGAUCUUUUUAUAUUAUUAAAUGGUUAA